ACUGCGUGACCCUGUUUGACAGUUCCCAAUAAAGGAAUCAUAAUAUUGGCCCUUGCUAAAUAGUCUUAACCUGUCUUAUUCAAAUAAUCAUUAUCUUAUCAUUGUCAUUAAAUAUUGUCUGGUAAAAACCACAUUGUAAAAGAAUAACUAUGGCAGGUUCAGCAUUAAGACGAUUGAUGGCGGAAUAUAAACAACUAACGUUGAAUCCGCCAGAAGGUAUCGUUGCUGGUCCAAUUAAUGAAGAAAAUUUUUUUGAGUGGGAAGCUCUCAUAGCUGGACCAGAUGGUACUUGUUUUGAAGGUGGCCUUUUUCCUGCAAAAUUAAUAUUUCCACCUGAUUAUCCACUAAGCCCGCCAAAAAUGCAGUUCACUUGCGAAAUGUUUCAUCCCAAUAUUUAUACAGAUGGAAGAGUGUGUAUAAGUAUUUUACAUGCUCCUGGUGAUGAUCCGAUGGGUUACGAAAGUAGUGCUGAAAGGUGGAGCCCGGUUCAGAGUGUAGAAAAAAUUUUAUUAAGUGUAGUAAGCAUGUUAGCUGAGCCAAAUGAUGAAAGUGGAGCUAAUGUUGAUGCUGCUAAAAUGUGGAGAGAGGAAAGAGAAGAAUUUAAUAAAAUUGCUCAAAAACUUGUACGUAAAACUUUAGGGAUACAAAAUAAACCAUGAAUUUUUAAAAGAUUUGAUUUGAAUCUCGCAAUCAAGGGUAAACUAAGUAAUUAUAUAUAUAUAU